UGUGGGAGUCUUGCAGGCUUCACUUGGAGAAAUUUUCCUUCAGAGAAGGCUUGCUUCUGCUUCUGCUAAUAGCCAAGGACCUCUUCAGCCUUGUCAAUUCUUUCAAUUUUAAGCUUAAUUUCCCCUUCUUGCGGCUGUUCCAAGGUGAUAUCUUUACAGUCAAUAUUGCUACCUUACUCCUCACCCUUACUUGCCUUUCCAGUUUGCCUCUAUGCUGCUGUAUGUCACCUCACCCUUUUCUUGGCCCACUCCCCCAGGCCUGGCUUCAACCUCCAUGGUGAAGCCUUCCAGCCACCCACCUUGGCUUCAGUUCCUGGCCAUUCCCAAUCCAGAUGGCAAGGGAAAACAACUUCAAGGUAGAGCUCCAAACUCAGCCUUCUUCCAAGAUCUUGAACCAGCAUGAGACAGCACCACGUCACAAUUCCUGGUCUCUGAACAUGCUGUUACGCAGAUUGAGAGCCACAGAAGGCAAGAAGGAUGACAAGUUUUCCAACAUCCUGGAUGCAGUGGGGGAGUUUGGUACAUUCCAGCGGAGGCUGGUGGCCCUCACCUUCAUCCCCAAUGUCCUGUCGGCCGUAUUCAUGUUUGCUGACCUCUUCAUGUUCACAGCCCAGAAGCCCUAUUGCAAUGCCAGCUGGAUACUGGCAGUGGGCCCCAACCUGUCAGAGGCUGAGCAGUUGAAUCUGACCCUGCCCCGAGCACCCAAUGGCAGUUUCCUUACAUGCCUCAUGUACUUGCCUGUGGCCUGGGAUCUGGCUUCUAUAAUCCAAUAUGGCCUCAACCACACAGAGUCAUGCCAUGAUGGGUGGAUCUAUCCUGAGACCAAGCAGCGAUCACUGAUCAAUGAGUUUGACUUGGUGUGUGGCAAAGAAACAAGCACAGAAACCGUGCAGACCAUGUUCAUGGCGGGCCUCCUAAUAGGAUCUCUCAUCUUUGGCUUCAUAAGUGACAGGCUGGGCCGAUACCCCACCAUCCUGCUGUCACUGCUGGGGCUGAUCGUCUUCGGCUUCGGGACAGCUUUUGUCAACAGCUUUCAUCAGUAUCUGUUCUUCCGAUUCGCCGUGUCCCAGGCAUUGGUGGGCUACUCCAUCAGCAGCACGUCUUUAGCCACUGAGUGGCUAGUGGGUGACCACCGGGCCCAUGCCAUCAUCCUGGAACACUGCUUUUUCGCUGUGGGCGUCAUGUUCCUGACCGGGCUUGCCUACAGCCUUCCCCACUGGCGGAUGCUGUUUCUGUUGGGCGGGGCACCUGUAUUCUCCUUCAUCUUCUAUAUCUGGAUUCUCCCGGAGUCCCCCCGGUGGCUGAUGAUGAAAGGGAAGGUGGAGGAGGCCAAGCAGGUGCUGUGUUAUGCAGCUGGUGUGAACAAGAAGACCAUCCCCUUAAGUCUGCUGGACAAGCUGCAGCUGCCUGGAAAGAAGAUGGAUAAGGCCUCUGUCCUGGACUUCUAUAACAAUAGGCACCUCCGCAAGGUGACCUUGGUGAUGGGCUGUGUGUGGUUUACUGUCGGUUACAGCUAUUUUACACUGAGCUUCAAGUUGAAGGAUUUUGGUGUGAACAUCUACUUCCGACAGGUGAUCCCUAGCAUCAUGGAGGUGCCUGCCCGGCUGUGCUGCAUUUUUCUCCUGGAACAGAUGGGGAGGAAGUGGAGCCUGAUUGCCACUCUCUUCCAAGGCACCAUGAUGUGCCUGCUCAUCCUUAUCAUCCCCUCAGAAUUGAAAUCCGCGUUGGUCUUGAUGGUCGUGUUCGGAGAGUUCAGCAUGGCUGCCUCGGUCACCGUGUUCUUCAUCUACACUGCCGAGCUCCUGCCCACUGUCCUCAGGGCCACAGGUCUGGGGCUGGUGUCCCUGGCCUGGGCGGCUGGAGCCAUCUCGUCCCUGGUGCUCAUCAGCCAGAACCUCACUCUCCUACCCGUCUUUCUCUGCCUCACCUCAGCCAUCUUGGCCUUGUCCCUCUGCUCCCUGCUGCCGGAAACACAAGAUCAGCCCCUCUCUGAUAGCCUGGAGAGCUAUCCCCUGCAGUUCAGGAACACAGGCGAGGAUACAAUGUCUGACGAUACAUUAUAUGAUGAUGCGGCUGAGGAAGUGGUGAAGAACACCAUUCUCAAUGCCUCGGUGAUGAAAUUGGACACAGACAUCCUCCCCUCCUCAUCACAGCCCACAGAAGCAGACAGAAAGGAUGACUGAGGGCUAGGCCCCCAGAUGAUCUCGGGUUGGAAUUGAGUGACUGGGUAUGGGGCCAUGGAUUCCAGGCCACAAGUUCUGGGCCCAGUCCAGCUUGGCAGGCAGGGUGGGUCCUGCUUGAGGCCAGCCCUUGAGAUCCAAAAAUGGCCCCUUCUUGGGGAGCCUUGGUGUAAUUCAUUCCAAUAAAGGUACCAUAUUGGACUUGAGAUGGCUAGGUCAAAAUUGGUUGUGUCUGGAGAACCCAGAGACCCAGGCCUGGAGGAUCGUGGGUCAGACGGGCUCCCUAGAGUCUUUAAUGUCCUUGGCUAACUCUCAGGGACAGCGAGGAGCUCUCUGGAUGGGGUGUGGGGGUGGGCCAUGUCCCCGAGGGCCAGGAGGUGGUGAAGGCAGGACUGCACCUCCCCACUGCCCACAUCCUCUAGCUCAGGCAUCUGCUAGUGUGAUUGGACUUCCAGCUCAAGUGCAGGCUGAGGACAGAUUUCACAGACCCACAAUGGGCACCUGUCAAGGCAGGGGCGGAAUGUAAAGGAAUAAUGAGAAUGUCUCCCAUUUGUACUGUUGCACGGGGCUUUCUCACUUGGUUUCCCCUUUGAUGCUCCCAAGUAAGCCUGGCUUUGGGGAUUACCCAUCUCACCCUCAUCCUUGGGGGUGCCUUCCCUGAUGGCUCCAACCUGGCUGACCUUCACCACCCUGAGGAUAACUUCCAAACCCCAGCUCACAGUCCCAAAUGCCCUGAGGGUGAGUCUGCCCUUCCCAGCCAGCGUGGGAGCUUCCCCAGGCAGGGGCCAGGACUCCUCAUCCAUUAGCCAGACCUGGACACCUUUGGGUCAGGCCCUGGGCCCCACCUCCUCUCUCCCUGGGACAGGAGUUGCUGAG